CGUGACCCACAGUGCCACUAACGAGCGGCGUACAGAGGCACAGUUUGAUCAAAUAAAUGAUGGCGGAUUACGAGUAUAAGAGGAGAGGGAGCUCCGACGACGGAGGGCCGCAGGAGGAGGGAGGCAGAGUGAAAACUAAGCCUGUCUCUUGUAGCAAUGUGGGAGGAGAAGGGACAGCAGUCAAACGCACAUCCCAGCAUCUCACUCCUGAAGAUGAAGAAGACUCCACGACAGACACGGCGGCGCCUCGCAAAGUCUCCAAGUUAGGCUUUAGCAUGGGUAGUCAGAUGGCGAAGAAAUCAAACCCCAUAUCCAUCAAGCUUGGCGCAACUAAACCUAAAGAGCCUGCACCGUCAGUUCCUCCCAAAAAGGCCGGUCUGGCGUCCGUCUUCAACGAGGAUGACGAUAGUGAGCCAGAGGAGAUGCCCCCAGAGGCAAAAAUGAGGAUGAAGAACAUUGGCAGAGAGACACCUACAUCUGCUGGACCCAAUUCUUUCAACAAGGGCAAGCAAGGCUUCUCUGACCAUAAGAAACUUUGGGAGAGGAAGCUGAAGGCCCAAGCAGACAAACUGUAAAUAGCUAUCGAGGGAUUUUGUCACUAUUAAUAAUUUUGUACAGGUUAAGCCAGUCAAGCAUCUACAAAGGGUUAAAUUAUUCCUCACUGCAGCCUCGAUUCACAGAACUGAGCUUUGAGGACCUGCAGAGUAAAAUACUUUAAGCCUUCCAUGAUCGUGACUGCUUUUUGUUCCUGAACACUGCUGGUUGAUUGUAACUGAGAGGAGAGGUGCAGUCCAUUGAUAGAGAGAUGGGACACAAACAUUAACCCGAGCAUCGUUUUCAAACUGUGUGAAAUUAUCUACAAUCUAAACCUGUGAGCGAAUGAUGAAAUCCAGCUUCACACAGCCCUCAUUAAACAUUUUGUGGUGUCUCUGUUUUUUUUCCUCCCACGCUGGGUUCGAUGUGCUCCUAAACACCUGUGAUGUGACGCAGUUUUACUUUUAAAUCCAUAACAGAAUUGUGAAUCCCAGUGUCCAGUUGAUUUGUGAGUUCAGCGGAUCUACAAAUAGCUCUUUUUAUGUUUUUAGUUUGUCAACAUCAGUGUACAAUCCUUCUGUUUUCACCGGCUGUGCCUCCUCAGAGGCUGACUCGUGUUUGGUUCUUGUCUGUUUCAGCAUUGUGCCAGUAUUUCUGGUCUUUUGUGCUUCACUGAGUUUUGCAAGCACAGGGUGAAAAGUGGUUGCGUUGAUUUUUGUGUCUUCAACUGAAUAUAUGUUGUUUUUUUUUUUUAUUAGUCGACAUGGGAGUUAGAAAGCAACCUGAUCACGUGACUGUGAGCUGAGUGCUCAUAUCAGCAGUGAUCGGUGGCUUUUAAAACCUGUUUUCAUUCACUGCUUUUUGGGUCACCUAACUGUUGUAUGGACAUCCUUAAAUGAAUUAAAACCUAAAACAUCCACA